AUGAUUAAUCGGAAGAAUCGACUUUUUCUACUUAUUCCUAUUUUCAUUCUUCUAGUAUUUUUGUUGCAACUUUUCACAAUACCUGAUAGUCAAGUUCCUCUCAAAAAAUUCGAAGUUUUCUCCAAAUCAGAAAACAGAAUUGAAAAUUCAAAUAAUGGUAAAGAAUAUUUGAUUGAUGGAAGUGAUCGAUUUCAAUGGUAUCGAAAACAAAGAGAUUCAUUUAUCAAAAAAGCAAAGGUUAGUACUGUAAUCAAAAAAUCGCCAAAACUCUGAAUUUCAGAAAAACAGUACUCCAGAGGUCAAAACUAUAUCAAUUUUACAAGCUUAUGAAUUCGAAUUCGAAUAUGUCAUUUCUCAUACCACUCCAGAUAUCAACGGGUAUGCUCAUUUCAUUUUUUUUCAAUUUGCAAUUAGAAAUGAGCUUUUUUCAGAGGAGUUGUUUUUUGUCGAUAUUUCGAUUCAUCUGACAAAGAAAUCGAGCAAAGUGUUGAAAGUUUUACAUAUCCAGAAUGGACAAUUUAUUGCCCAAAAAGAAAAGGAACUCAUAAAAUAUCAAUAAGUGUUAAAUCAAAUUCUGAACCAACUCUUCCAAUUCCACUUCUCAAUCGAAUCACAGGUUUGAUUUUUGUUUUUGAGAAAAAAUGGAGAAUUUCAUCACAAAUAAAAUUUUGCAGAACCAAAAUACAAUCUUUCGAUGUGUAUGACACCAAUGUAUGGACCAGAACCAAAAUGGUUACUUUUGACAGAAAUGAUUGAGCAUUAUAAACUUCAGGUAGCUAUUUUUUAUUUAUUAUUUUCUACGAUAAGAAAAGUUUGGGUGUGGUUUGAUCACCACAAAGACUUUGAUAAUAAUUGCAAAUGUGCGUAGAAAAGAGCAUUUGAUGUCAUUGAAAAAGGGUGUGAAAAUUGAUAAAAACUAUAUAUUUUUAGGGUGCGGAUCAUUUCUACCUUUAUGUUUCACAUAUUUCUGAAUACGAUAGUUAUUUACUUCAAGAUUAUGUUAGAACUGGAGAAGUUGAAGUGAUUUAUUUAUUGGAUCGUUAUAAAAGAAAAGAUCAUGGUUGGCCAAUGAUCCAAUAUUCAGUGAGUUUCAAAAACUAAUGUCAAUUGAAAAAUUGAAUUCAUAUUUUAGGAUUGUCUUAUUCGAAGUCGCGCACAAUCAAAAUGGAGUAUCUUUGCGGAUAUUGACGAAAGAUUAAUUAUGACUAAUUAUACAGGAACUAUUUUGAAUUAUUUGGAUAAUUUGAAAAAUGAAACGAUUGGUGGAAUUCAAUUUAGACAGCGAUGGAUUUUGAAAACUGAAAUGAUGCCUCAAAAUUAUACAGGAGAAAAACAAAUAUUGGAAUGGAUGCCAACUUUGAGAUGGCAUAAUACAUCUUCUGUUGGACCACCAAAUCAUACUGUAAAAUGUAUUGUUGAUCCAAGAAAAGUAUUCGAAACUUGGACUCAUUUUCCAAAAAUUAUGUAUCCUGGCCAUGUUAUAAAACAAUUGUUACCAGAAGAGGGAAUUGUGAGGUAAGGCAGUUUUUGAUACAAACGUUAUUUUGAAAAAUUGUUCAAAUUUUAGACAUUAUCGAGAUCAAACCAUGUGGUCUUGGGGAAAGAAAUGGUUAGCAGGUGUAUUGAAAUUUGGACCAUUAUCAAUGACAGAUUAUCCAACAAAUUAUCAGAAAAAGCUUUUUGAGGCAGUUGAAAAACGAACAAAAUAUGUAUAUGAAAAUUUUCAGUUCAAAACCUAAUUAAUUAUUUUUAUAAUUUAAUUUAUCGAAUUUUCUCUCAUUAUUUUUAACGGGUUUUUUGUUCAAAUGUUUCUUUCUUUCUAUUCCAUAAAUUAUUUGAGAACGUUUUCAAAAGCUCAACUUGAUUUAAGAGAAAAAGUAUUAAUUGUUGUUAGGUAUUGUUGUGUAUUAAUAUGUUUGUUUGCUAUAGUUUUUAUUUGUUCCGCGCGACGGUGCGCGGAAAAAAGAAAAAGAGCACGCGUCUAUGAACGAAAAGCCUCACACCUUUUCAUUUUUUCGAUUUCUUCAAUUGUUGUUCAGAUUGUGUGCUCUUUUGCACGGUAUGUUAUUAUGGAAUAAUGUUUUGUCGGUUUUAAAUGCGAUUGUGUAUAGUUUGGAUGGAAAUAAUGAAGAGGUUAGUUAUAAAUAAAAUUUAAUAAUUUUGAGCUAAGUUAGCUGCUCAGCUAACAAAUAUUGAAUGUUUCGAUAUCAAUUCCUAAUAAAUUCAAUUCUCAGCGAAUACUUUUAAUUCCAAGCUUUAAUCAAAUCCUGAAAAUUCAGAGAAUUUCUCUAAAAAAAACCAAAUGAUCCUUACAAAAUCAGAAAAAUGACCCGUUAAAAAUGUGUCUUUCAAUUUUUCAAUUUGAAAAAUAACGAAUUGAACUAUUUAUAAUAGUUAUGCUUAUUCCCAUUUUCUGAAUUUUCCCCAGAAAUUGAAAGUCUUUAGCACAAAAAGAUUCACUUCCCAGUUCAUAGAAAGUUCCAAUUUUCCCCAACCAACAAAACGACUUUUUAAUUCGACCAAUUAACUUUGCAAUUAUUCAUCCCCCGAUAUUCUUCCUGUCCUCUUCACAAACUUCCUGACAAAAUGACGUCAGAAAAUUCACAAAUUAAUGUCUCGUUGAUUUUUGUCGGCAAAAAACUGGUCAACAAUUUACCUAAUUAUGAUGGAUUUCUAAUGACCAUUCGGUAAAUGAAAUGAGCAAAUAUUUGAAAAAACAAAAAUGAAAAAGAACAAAGACGAUUGUUUUGACAGAAAAACUUAUCUAACACUAUCAUUUAUUGUAAACAUAAAAUCGUUCGUGUAAUUUAAAAAAUAUGACUAUGUGAUCUUUGAAAUUGUGAAGAAACGUGCAGAUUUGAAAUAAUUCAUUUUCAUAAAUUUCCAGUUAAACCUGCUCAAUGACCUUCCUGACAGAAUCAAUGCAUCUACAACAAACUACGACGAUGUAAUCGGCGCAUUUUUUGAUGACACUGGUGGGUUUUGUAUACUUUUCAUAUCUUUUUAUGAAUAAUAUGGCAUAUCUUGAUCAGACUAUUUUUAUUAUAAAAGACACUUUCUCUUCAUUAUUUUUUAUUAAUCAUGAGAUACCGUAUUAUUUUCGCUUUAUUUUUAAGCCUAAGUUUAUGUGGGUUUUUCAAUGUUUUUUUUGAGGAAAUCAAUUAUAAUUUCAGAUAACUCCAUAGUUUCAACAAUUGAUUAUGGAAAAGCAAGUGAUUGCCCUCGAGCUGCAAAAUAUGGAAAAGGUCCGCCAGCAGAUUGUAUAGCACCAUCAGAUCCAAAUAAUAAACCGAAAACCGAACUAGAAUCUUGGUUUACACAAGAAAUGUUUGAGGUAUCUUUGGAAAUACUUUAGAAUUUUGAAUUAAAAAACCCAAUAAACUCUCAGGAUCUUUUCCCGAAUGCAAAUCUUGGUUGGGGACCACACAGUUGUUGGCCAUAUUCUUAUGAAGCUUUCAUUAUUGCCUCGAGAUAUUUUCCAAAUUUCGGAACUGGUUUGAACGUCAACAACACUGUUUAUAGUCAAAAUGAGAACAAGAAACGAGACUUGGCAACAUUUUUUGCGCAUGCAAUUCAAGAAACUGGAGAGAACAAUAUCGCGCUUUACGAGUUUGUCGAAAAAUUCCAAAAAUUGUAUAUAAAACGUUCACUUUUUACAGCACAAUGAGUGAUCAAGCUGCCUCAAAUUGUUUCUACCGAGGCGGUUUCUUCAAUUGGUUUGAAGGUGGUCCGACGUCAGGAUUUUUAGAUCCAGCAAAUCCUGGACAUCAACCAAUCGAUGGAGAUUCUUGUUCACUUGGUGGAUUAUAUUGUUCAUCUUCAGCCCAAAUUAAUUAUUUCUAUGAAUGUGCAAAUAAAUCGAGUGGAAAUCCAGCUUCUCCAUUCAAAGGAUGUUAUUUUGGUCGAGGUGCUAUUCAAAUCUCAUACAAUUAUAAUUAUGGUCAAUUCAAUGAUUGGUUGAAAACACAAAACAUUAGUGUUGAUCUUUUGGAGGAACCUAAUUUAGUGAUGACUAAGAUGGAUCCGCCAUUGUCAAUUCUCGCAUCUUUAUGGUUUUAUAUGACACCUCAACCACCAAAACCAGCAAUGCAUGAUAUUGUUAUGGGAAAUUGGAAUAGCGGAGAGAAAAAUAAAGCGGCUGGUUAUACCGGUCCAAUAUUCGGACCAACUUCUCUUAUUAUUAAUAAUGAAUGUUCUGGAGAAGAUAAAGUAAAUCCAGGAGGAGGUGGAGAAUCAAGAAGAAUAAAAGCAUUCAAAUGGUUCUGUGGAUAUUUUGAUGUUCCAGUUGAAAAAGACGAACUUCUUUCAUGUAAGAAAAUGCCAACUCCACUUGAUCAAAUCUGGCAUAAUUUGAGUUAUCAACCAGAUUGGUCAAGUACAUGGAAAGAGGUUCCUUGUGAAUGUGCACCAGCAAGUUAUGGUGGAAUGAUUGGAUAUUAUGAUCCAAAUUAUUAUCCACAAGAGUUUGCCGAAGUAAAUGAAUAUAAUCGAUUAAAAUGUAUUGCAAGUAUGUAUGAUAAUCCAGAAAUGUAUUCAAUGGAUAAUAAAACAUCUCCAUGUUUGAAUUAUUAA